GAAUCCCGACGUUGGCCUGGCUUCAGUUUUGCCCACCACAACGCGCAAUUGUUCAAUUGUGCACGCGUCGCUCAGCUUGCCAAGCAGCUCUGCAACAACAAUUGCUUAUACAGCUGCUAAGGCAUACUAUGCCCUUAUUAUCCUUGCUUGCGGGCCGCCACCCAGCAUGUGCCCAUGCACGCAAUGCCCGCUACACAGCUCGCUCGCCGUUCAACCGGCUGUACCGUUGCGGCGUAGUCGCAUCGGUAGCUGAAAGCAGCUCCGCUGCCCCCGUCAGCGAAUCGUUGUCGCCUGACGUCGUGGCGACGGAGGAGCAGCGCGCGGACCGGACCGCUGACGCCUCCUCUUCCGCCGCGGCGCCCGACGCGCCGCGGCCGGGCUUCCACCCCAAGGCGCCGCGUGUGCCGCCGGUGCUUAUCAAGCCGGGCGGUCCCAUCUGCGACAUGGAGCUUCUGAAGAACGGCGUCAUAUUGGUGGACAAGCCGCUGGGCUGGACCAGCUUUGACGUGUGCGGCAAGAUCCGGAACAUGAUCCGCUUCCUGGAGGUCAAGAAGGUGGGGCACGCGGGCACUCUGGACCCCAACGCCAGCGGGCUGCUGAUCGUGUGCACGGGCAAGGGCACCAAGUUCUGUGACGACUUCCAGGCGCAGGACAAGGAGUACAGCGGCACGCUGCGUCUGGGCGAGUUCACGCCCUCCUACGACGCCGAGAGCGAGGUCACGGAGCGCUCGGCGUGGGAGCACAUCACAGACGAGGAGCUGCAGGCGGCGGCUGCCAAGUACGUGGGCAACAUCAUGCAGGUGCCGCCCAUGUUCAGCGCCAUCAAGGUGGGCGGCAUGAAGAUGUACCAGCUGGCACGUGAGGGGCAGGCGCUGGAGUUGCCGCCGCGGCCCGUCACCAUCUCCAGCCUGCGCGUGUGGCGAGACGACGCCAACCGGCAGGAUGUGCACUUCUACGUGCACUGCUCCAAGGGCACCUACAUCCGCUCCUUGGCCCACGACCUGGGCCGCGCACUGGGCAGUCACGCGCACCUGGUGGCUCUGCGGCGCGAGGCCAGCGGCGACUACCGCGUCAGUGACGCCUGGCAGAUGUCCGACCUGGUGGCCGAGAUCAACGGCCGCCGCGAGGCGCACCGGGCUGCGGUGGAGGCGGCGGCGGCAGCGGCGGCAGAGGCAGCGGCAAAGGCGGCGGCGGAGACAGCGGCGGAGACGGUGACGGAGGCGGUGGCGGAGGCGGAGGCGGAGGCGGAGGCGGGGACGAGUGCGGGGGUGGAGGGCGCGGUGGAGGGGAGGAAAGAGGUGGCGGCGCAGGAGGCAUAGGGGGAAGAACGUACGCUUCAGGGCUGUAGGGCUGUGGGGGCGCACCGCAGGCGCCACCUUCUCGCAGGCGUGUUGUCGAGUGUUUCUCAUGUCAUGGUGUUCUGCGGGUGCUUAUUCAUGCCGUGUAACGACGGCGGACU